UUUGACUGUCACUCUUGGAUUGGAUCGAGAUCCACGUCGUGUCAACAACGUGGGGUGUUUUUCUUUUGGUUCGCGCUCUUCGUUCGCGGUCACCUGACAUUUCCCUUCUGGGAAAGUCUCCUCUUCUGCGGAGUGAGCAUCUGCUCCGCCUAGCUUACCAGACGGUAUUGAUCAGAUAAAACUGGCCAUUGCCUUUUAAUAUUGCCCAACAGGUCAGUGAUCUCCGACCGAAUCGACGGCAGCAGCGCAAUGGCAACGACGCAGGUAUCUCUGUGGUCGCGCAAGACAGAUCUAUUAUAUUUUAUCUUCUUCUUAACUCAUGUGCCGAUAAUUUUCUUGAUCGAUACUGUUUCCCUCUUCCCUCCGUCUCUCCGAACCAACCUCUCCAUCAAGCUCCGCGAAUUCUACGUGGACAGUUUCCAUGACAAAUUUUUUGAGGAACCGCAGCCUGUCUGGUUUACCGUAUUCAUAUGGAUGGAGCUGUUGUACCAUGCACCGCUGAGCGUUUGGGCUGUUUUGGGCCUCUGGCGAGACGACCCACUUGUCCCUGUGCAUUUACUCCCUUGGGCCGUACAGGCAUUCGUUACCUCGUUGACUUGUCUGGUAGAUGUCUGGAACUGGGAAGAUCGUACCGUGGAUGAGAAGACGAAUAUCACGAUGCUCUACGCACCCUAUGUCGCUCUUGGUAUGUCUCAUGUUUCUUCGUUUUCAAUGCUUCCAUGUCCCAGCUCUUUCUCUCGGCCUUUACUAAAACAGGGCCGAUAGGCGCAUGGAUGGCACUGGACAUGUUCUACAGGCUGCGUGGCCGAGUUGUCCAAAAGAGCAAGCGGGAAUAGGGGCCGAAAUCGAACCUAAAGAAGGUGAACUACUCCUUGGAGGUAGCGUCCCCUGCGAUUGCGUAGCCAUAUAUUUCCCUUGUCAUAGUACCCCCACGACUGACCUGAAACACCAGAUAAUGUCGCUGCAUAUGUCAUGGCAGUUUGGAGGGCUUCAAUGUAUAGAAUACCCGUGGUUAAUGGGUGUCUAGUAACUAUGGUG